AAAAAAUGCAGGAUGGCAUGGAAAUAUGCAAAGGCAGAAUACGGGAGCGCAAAUGCCUCCAGUGAUGGAAAGUGGCAUGCAAAGAUAGAGUGGAGCCGGACUUGGGCAAGCCGGACAUUAGAAUAAUCUUUGGUGGAUAUUAGAAGUACUCUAAAUAAAAUUAAAACAACUUUAUUAAUUAUUAUUUUGUUAUUAGGCUUUAAAAUCGUGUUAUGUGUGGUUCGUGUUAUGUGUGGUUUGUUUGUGUAAUGUGCGGUUUGUUUGUACUGUACUUUUUAAAUAAUCACUUAAUAUAAUAAAAUAAGUUGAUAAUU